UGAACUUACGCGGUUGGCUGGCUGCGGGACCCCCUGGACGUCUAAGUGAGCGAACUAGCUGUUGUGGUUUCUGUUGCCUUUUCAUUUGCCAUGUGUCAAAAGAUCAAUAAGGUAAACAGCUGGCUCAGAGAAGUGUUUGGAGAUCAGCCGGUGCCACACUUCGAGGUUAACACCAGGACAGUGGACAUCCUGUACCAGCUGGCACAGUCCAGUGAAGCCCGGUGCAGUGACACAGCUCUCCUCACAGAAGACCUCAAACAGAAAUCAUUAGAGUAUCAGGUUGAAGGGUCUCAUCUCCGUGAUGUUCUUCUACAAGGUCUUGGCCUGUCCUUUGCAUGCUUGUCAAAGCCAGCGGCUGACUACUUGUCUGCUUUAGUGGACACUGCCAUGGUGCUCGGAGUCAGAGACACAUCACUGGGCAGCUUUAUGCCAGCAGUGAACAACCACACCAAUGAACUGCUGGAAGAAGAGAAGUCAAACAGGAGACUUGAGAGGGAACUCCGAGCCCUCAGAAAGAGACUUGGUGCCACUCUGGUGCUGCGGAGCAACUUACAAGAGGAUAUCAACAAAACUGUCAUAUCACAGUCAGUGGAGAGCGCUAAAGCGGAGGAAAGAAUGCUCAACAUGGAUUUUGUGACGGCAAAGGCUAAAGAGCUCAGCAGCAGACGAGAGAGGGCAGAGGCUCAACUUGUAUCCAGGAACAUGGACAAGUCUAUCACCCACCAGGCUAUUGUGCUGCUCUCUGAGGAAGCCACAGCGCUGAAACAAGAAAUAAUCCCCUUGAAAAAGAAACUGGAGCCUUACAUGGACUUAAGCCCGAGCCCAUCUCUUGCUCAAGUGAAAAUAGAAGAAGCAAAAAGGGAAUUGGCUGCAAUUGAUUCCCAACUUCAGAUGAAUAUGGAUUUCAAGUGA